AUGGACGGUGAUAUCAUCAUCGGUGCCCUGUUCUCUGUGCAUCACCAGCCCUCGGCCGAGAAGGUUGCGGAGAGGACGUGCGGAGAAAUCAGGGAGCAGUACGGCAUCCAGCGGGUGGAAGCAAUGUUCCACACGCUGGACCGUAUCAACGCCGACCCCAACCUUCUCCCCAACAUCACUUUGGGCUGUGAGAUCAGAGACUCGUGCUGGCACUCGUCCGUGGCUCUGGAGCAGAGCAUCGAGUUUAUCCGUGAUUCUCUCAUCUCCAUCCGCGACGACCAGGACGGUUCCAAAUACUGCAUUGACGGAACCCCCUCCAGCCAACCCCCGGCUACCAAAAAGCCCAUCGCCGGAGUCAUUGGCCCCGGCUCAAGUUCAGUGGCGAUUCAGGUGCAAAACCUGUUACAACUCUUCAACAUUCCUCAGAUAGCGUACUCUGCCACGAGCAUAGAUUUGAGCGACAAAACUCUGUACAAGUAUUUCCUCAGAGUCGUGCCGUCUGACACACUCCAAGCCAGAGCUCUGUUGGACAUCGUAAAGAGAUACAACUGGACUUACGUGUCUGCAGUUCACACAGAGGGAAACUAUGGCGAGAGCGGCAUGGAGGCCUUCAAGGAGCUGGCGGCCCAGGAGGGCCUGUGCAUCGCCCACUCCGACAAGAUCUACAGCAACGCGGGCGAGCGCCACUUCGACCGGCUGCUGAGGAAGCUGCGUGAGCGGCUGCCCAAGGCCCGCGUGGUGGUCUGCUUCUGCGAGGGCAUGACCGUACGCGGCCUGCUGAUGGCCAUGCGGCGACUAGGCGUAGCCGGAGAGUUCCUGCUGAUCGGCAGUGACGGCUGGGCCGACCGAGACGAGGUGGUGGAGGGCUACGAGGCGGAGGCGGCCGGCGGCAUCACCAUGAAGCUCCAGACAGAGGAGGUGACGUCCUUCAACGAGUACUUCCUGAAGCUGAAGCUGGGUACCAACACCAGGAACCCCUGGUUCGCCGAGUUCUGGCAGCACCGCUUCCAGUGCCGCAUCCCCGGCCAUCCACAGGAGAACACCAACUACUACAAGAACUGCACAGGUUACGAGAGUCUGGAGGACAACUAUGUGCAAGACAGUAAGAUGGGGUUUGUCAUCAAUGCCAUCUAUGCCAUGGCUCAUGGCCUCCACGACAUGCACCAGCACGUUUGCGGGGGCAUGGACGGACUGUGCGAGGCCAUGGACCCCAUUGACGGCAGCAAACUCCUGGACUUCCUGCUGACGACCAACUUCGCAGGCGUCUCCGGAGAGGACGUCCGCUUCGACGAGAAUGGCGACUCUCCCGGCAGGUAUGACAUCAUGAACCUGCAGCUGGUGGACUCGGGAGUGUACGACUACAUCAACGUGGGCUCGUGGCACGAGGGGAUGCUGAGUAUGGACGACACCAUGCUGCAGAUGAACCGCAGCGAGAUGGUGCGCUCCGUCUGCAGCGAGCCCUGCGAGAGGGGCGAGAUCAAGGUGAUCAGGAAAGGGGAGGUGAGCUGCUGCUGGAUCUGCAGCGCGUGCAAAGACAACGAGAUCAUCCAGGACGAGUUCACAUGCAAGGCCUGCGAGCUGGGCUGGUGGCCCGACGACGAGUUGGAAGGCUGCUUGGCCAUUCCCCUGCGCUACCUGGAGUGGAGUAACCCGGAGUCCAUCGUGGCGGUGGUCUUCUCCUGCCUGGGCAUCCUGGUCACCAGCUUCGUCACCUUCAUCUUCAUCCUCUACAAGGACACACCGGUGGUCAAGUCGUCGUCGCGCGAGCUCUGCUACAUCAUCCUGGCGGGCAUCUUCCUAGGCUACAUCUGCCCGUUCACGCUGAUCGCCCGGCCGACCGUGGCCUCCUGCUACCUGCAGCGCCUCCUGGUGGGCCUCUCCAGUGCCAUGUGCUACUCGGCGCUCGUCACCAAGACCAACCGCAUCGCGCGCAUCCUGGCCGGCAGCAAGAAGAAGAUCUGCACGCGCAAGCCGCGCUUCAUGAGCGCCUGGGCCCAGGUGGUGAUCGCCUCCGUCCUCAUCAGCAUACAGCUCAUACUGGAGGUCACGCUCAUCAUCCUGGAGCCUCCGGCGCCGGUCAAGUUCUACCCCAGCAUCCGCGAGGUCUUCCUGAUCUGCAAUACCUCCAACAUGGGCAUGGUGGCGCCGCUGGGCUACAACGGCCUGCUGAUCCUCAGCUGCACAUAUUAUGCCUUCAAGACGCGCAACGUGCCGGCCAACUUCAACGAGGCCAAGUACAUCGCCUUCACCAUGUACACCACCUGCAUCAUCUGGCUGGCCUUCGUGCCCAUCUACUUCGGCUCCAACUACAAGAUCAUCACCACGUCCUUCUCCGUGAGCCUGAGCGUCACCGUGGCGCUGGGCUGCAUGUUCACGCCCAAGAUGUACAUCAUCCUCGCCAAGCCCGAGCGCAACGUGCGCAGCGCCUUCACCACCUCCGACGUGGUGCGCAUGCACGUGGGCGACGGCAAGAUCGCCUGCCGCAGCAACAGUCUCAUCAACAUGUUCAAGAGGAAGAGGGAUGGCCCCGGUAAUGCCAAGUAA